AUGGCGGCCCAAGAAGACAUCGACAAGCUGGUCAGCACAAUCCAGUCGCUCAAGAACAGAGACCUUGUCCAGAUCUGCGUGGCCAACCACCUGGCCAAGUCGGGCAAUAAGGCCGACCUGCAGAAGAGAAUCGUUAACUUGAUCGACGCGGCCUUCCAGGAUCCGAACCCCCAGAAAUUCGUCGACAUCCAGUCGAGCAUAUUGGCAUUUGGCCGCGGGAGCUCCUCGGUCAAUUAUCGCGUGCCCAACUUUGCCUCCUCGCUACCGUCGUCACCGUCGUAUCUCCCCUCCGGCAUGUCGUCUCCCUACAGCGGCAACAGCACGACCAACGGCAAUGUCCUACACCGGAGUGGCGGCUAUGGCGGAAGCGCUGGUUAUGGUGGCGAGCUUGGCCAACGACUGCCGCCGAAUGGCCUUCUCGGCCUGCAGUUCAAGCCAAGCCCGUUCUACGAGAUCGACACCCAACUAGGCGACGUCCGGCCAUGCGAAGCCAUGGCACAACAUAGGAACAGUGUCCCCGUCCAGAUCCGGGUCUCGUCGUAUCCCGCACUGCAGCGCUGUCUGGUAGACCAGUCGCUGCGCGUGAUGAUCUUUUGUGCGGCCAGCAACGUUGGCGUCCAGGAGAUCGCCUUUCCUUACCAAUGCGAAAUCAAGGUCAAUGGCGGCGAGGUCAAGGCAAACCUCCGGGGACUCAAGAACAAGCCUGGCUCAACACGGCCUGUCGAUAUCACCAGCCUUUUGCGCCUGAAGCCGUCCAACUACAACAACACGCUCGACUUUACAUACGCCCUGACCGCCAAGCGAUUCUACCUUGCACUGUAUAUUUGCAAGGCGCACACGGCCUCGGAGCUCACGCGCGUGAUUGAGCGGAGACGCAUCACCAAAGACUCGGUCAUUCGAGAAGUGACAAGGCAGGCGCAGGACCCCGAUGUUGUCGCCACGUCACAGGUCCUCUCUCUGAAGUGUCCGUUGACAUACAUGCGCCUGUCGCUGCCGAUCCGGUCAAUGACCUGCAAGCACAUACAGUGCUUCGAUGCCACGUCCUACCUACAACUGCAAGAGCAGGGACCUCAAUGGCUGUGUCCCGUGUGCAGCCGCACCGCCUCCUUUGAUACCCUGGCGGUGGACGAAUACGUCAAGGAAAUACUGGCCAAAACGCCGAGUGACCAAGACCAGGUCACCAUCGAUCCGGACGGAACAUGGCACGCCGAAAAACCCAAGAACGGCAAUGCACCAUCCACGCCAAAGGAGGCUGCCACCAGCUUGCUUGACGAAGACGAGUCGAUCUUCCCGUUCAGCGGCCUGAGCGCCAGCGAAGUGCGCGAGAGCAUGGGCCGGGCUAGCACGGCUUCGGUGGUCGCUUACAGGGACGCGACGGCCACACCGGUCCAUGCCGGCAGCAAGCGACAACGCGAGGUGAUCGACCUGACGCUCAGCGAUGAUGACGAAGACGCCCAUCUACCGCCAGUGAAGCGGCAACACAUUGCCAGCAGCGGGUUUUCGCCUAUCCCUUACUCGACUUUAUAG